CCCGAAUCCACACCCAUUGCUGUCGACGACUCUCAGUCUCUUCCAAACCCCAUGGAAGUCGAUGAUGCAGAGAAAGUCGUGUCCCCGCAGCCUCCUCAGCGACUACUGGAAGAUGAAAAAGUUCAUCUACAACGGUCUGGCCUCAAGCUAUCCGACUUUGAGGUUCGUGGGACGCUAGGUACUGGCACCUUUGGCAAGGUUCUGCUCGUACGCCAUCGAAGCUCUGCUGCUAAUCCAACCAAGCAAAAUCACUUUGCCAUGAAGGUGCUGCGCAAGACAGAGAUUGUCCGCCUUCGUCAAGUUGAACACGUCAACGCAGAGCGUUACAUUCUUUCCCGAGUUCAUCAUCCCUUCGUCGUCGAUCUCUUUGCCACCUUUCAAGAUAGCCUGAACGUCUACAUGCUAAUGUCAUACGUUCCUGGAGGAGAGCUCUUUACCCAUCUACGCCGUGCCCAGCGGUUCACCCCCGAUGUCACCCGCUUCUACCUCGCAACCAUCAUCUUGGCUCUUAAGUAUCUCCACUCCUUCAACGUGAUUUACCGCGACCUCAAACCUGAGAACCUCCUGUUGGAUUCCCGUGGAUACCUCCGCCUCACCGAUUUUGGGUUCGCCAAAAUUGUCGACGACCGUACCUGGACGCUGUGCGGUACUCCAGAAUACCUCGCCCCGGAGAUAAUCCAGUCAGACGGCCACGGAAAAGCAGCAGACUGGUGGGCGUGUGGCGUCCUUUGCUAUGAGAUGCUCGUUGGGUAUCCGCCGUUCUUUGACGAAUCCCCCUAUGGCAUAUACGAGAAAAUCCUCAAUGGACAAAUUCACUGGCCAAGAAGCAUGGACCGCCUGUCGCGUGAUUUGAUCAAGGCUUUCCUCAAUCCAGACCGCACAAAACGACUUGGGAAUAUGAACGGAGGGCCGGAUGAUAUCCUUGAUCACCCAUGGUUCAGAGGUGUGGACUGGGACGCUUUGGAGCGUCGCGAGAUCAACGCACCCAUAAUCCCUCGUACUUCAUCCAUCGACGACACGCGUCACUUCUUGCACCUCCCGUUACCCCCAUCAGAAGAGAUUCCCGGUUUUACCAGAGAAGAGCAGCCGCCAGCUCUCCACCAACGUUUCGACCCCAUCGCAUAUCAAUUCCUCGAAUUUUAAUUUUUCUUGACAACCAACAAUGCAGCGCUGCGCACUCGCUACCUAUUUUGGGUAUAACACACUCCUUCGACUUCUGCUAACGUUACCUAUCUUGCUCGUCUUCUUGACCAGACUCAGCCAAACUCUCCUUGUAUUUACUUUUUAUCUUAUCUUUUGGCCAAUUGGGCCCCCAGAUAUGUAUCUAGUCCAUUCUCAUAGCUCUACGCUCUCCUAGUUUUGUAUUAUCUUGUAGCCUCCUUCGUUAUCUACCAUGUGUAUUUACUACUUUCACCCUCUCGAGCCGCUUUGCUUGAAAAAUAUACCUAUUUAUUUCUGUCGCU